AUGGAUAUCGAUGAUCAAAUAUUAUGGUUGAUGAGCUUGUAUUGGCAAAGAAAUCGUUAUAGACUCAAGUAUGAUAGAAGAAUUAGAGAUUUAACAUCAUCUUUAUCAGGUCAAAAGUAUACAUUAGAACUAUUAUCUGGCUCUAAUCGACAAUGUAUAGAAUUGAUGCGCAUGUCACGUGAUGCAUAUGUUCGGCUAUGUCAACAUUUUAGACAUAAUGGAUGGCUUUUAGAUAGCAAACAUAUAUCUGUCGAAGAGAAGAUAGCCAUAUUCUUAACUAUUAUAGGACAUAACGAGCGUUACGUCAUAAUCAAGAGAAGAUUUAAACAUUCUUUGCAGACAAUUCACAAGUAUUUUCACGAGGUUCUUGAGGCAAUGAUGAAUUUUGCAAAAGAGAUGAUAGCACCUACAACAUUUGAUUCGAAUAUGAAUAUUCCUGGUGCUCAUAACAGGUUACGAAGAAUUUUUAAGGGAGCAAUAGGUGCACUAGACGGGACAUUAGUACAUGCUGUUGUUCCCGCUAAUCAACAAAUUGUUUACAGAGGAAGGGGAAAAGGUAAAUGCUAUCAGAAUGUUCUGACAAUAUGUGACUUCAAUAUGGUCUUCACUUAUGUUUAUGCUGGAUGGGAAGGUGUAGCACAUGAUGCACGCGUUCUAACUGAGAUUGAAUCUAAUCCAGAUAAUGGAUUUCUAUUUCCUCCACCUAGUAAGUCAUACAACUUAAACAAUUCAAAUGCUUAUUUAGCUUUUCGAUAUGAUCGCCUAACUUAUUUUAUUUUAAUGUCAGAUAAAUACUAUCUAUGUGAUGCGGCAUAUCCUAAUACUCGAGGAUUUCUAGCACCGUAUCGUAAUAUUCGAUAUUGGUUAGGAGAUUAUCAUCGUAGGCGUGCCAUAACAAAGGAGGAAAAGUUUAAUCAUGCUCAUGCACAGCUUAGAAACGUUAUCGAACGUUCAUAUGGAAUACUGAAAGCAAGAUUUCCUAUAUUGGACAAGAUGGCUCCAUAUCCUAUUAAUAUCCAAAGAGAUGUUGUUAUUGCAUGUUUUGCCGUUAGUAAUUUUAUCAGGAAGGAGCGCAUCAAUGAUGACUUGUUUAAUCAUUUUGAUACGCCUCAAGUGAUAUUUGAUGAAGAAGGACAACAAGAAGAAGCAUUAGAUGAAACAAACGGACCUAGUUGGACAGUUGAAGAUUCUCAGAUAAUGACCGAUAUGAGGGAGCAACUUGCAUUCCGACUAAUGCAAAGAAGAUGA